ACCAGGUGAUCCCAAAAGCCAUUGACACGGUCAGUAGUUUUGUGCCACCAAAGUCAGUCUUAUGUUCUGCUACUGCCAAUUUAUCUGCGUAGUCCAAUCAGAUACACCUCCUAUGCUGUUGACAAGUAAGUAGCAUGAGGUAACAAGGUAAAGAGUCGUUAAAGUGAGAUCCUUGGUUUUGGGAGCAUCUCAAUGGAUGGGCAACUACAUAAUGAGGAUGAUUCUCCAGAGACAGCUGAAGCUGUGCAGUCAAAUGUUCCCACAGAGUCUCCUCAGACAGUACUAUCUGAAAGAGAGGUACCACCACCACCUUACAGCAGUGUGUCAUUGGGAGCAACUGCGUCAGUCACAGAAGCAGACUUACAGAAUGACCUGAUGCCGGUGCCACCUCCUUAUAGCAUUGCUACCUCCCUACCGACUUACGAUGAAGCAGAAAAAGCCAAAGCAGCUGCGAUGGCAGCUGCGGCGGGAGAAGCUGCACAAAGAUUUAGGGAACCUAGGAAUCUGUUUGAUGAAAUUCUACAAGGUACAUCUCAGGAAGAAGAUUUUCCACCGAGAGAUGAUUUCAAUGAUGCUGACCAGUUGCGAGUUGGCAAUGAUGGCAUUUUCAUGUUAGCAUUUUUCAUGGCAUUCCUGUUUAACUGGAUUGGCUUUUGCCUCUCAUUCUGUCUCACCAACACCAUAGCAGGCCGUUACGGUGCAAUUUGUGGUUUUGGAUUGUCGCUGAUAAAAUGGAUUUUGAUUGUCAGGUUUUCUGAUUAUUUCAAUGGCUAUUUCAAUGGUCAAUAUUGGCUUUGGUGGAUAUUCCUUGUUCUUGGGUUGCUGCUGUUUUUCAGAGGUUUUAUCAAUUACCUGAAAAUCAGAAACAUGUCUGAGAACAUGGCUGCAGCACACAGGACCAGACUUUUCUUCUUGUACUAGAGAAGAGCGCCGCUGUAGAAGAUUGGAAGGGAAAUGUGGACGGUGAAAGAAAUCCCAAAUGAUUAAUCUCAUAAUUUUGUAUCUUCUAGAAUGUGGCUAAUGAGCAACUUGAACAUUCCUUCCUAAUGUGAACUGUCCAGAUAUGCUUCAAGCUGCCAAGUUAUUUGCUUGUAAAACUACUGAAGAAUAAACAAGAUGAGUUACCACAAAAUCUAAGCAAAGUACUGAAUUGAAAGACUCAUUAUAAGAUGAGUCAAUUUUCUGAAUUGCUUGAUGGUUGGAACUUAACCUUUCAGGUUUGAAAUUAAAAGUGAAUAUACAUAAAGCCCUUUUUGAAAUAUUAGUAAAUUCUAAUCUACAGAAUGCUACAGAAAACCUAGUGAAGCUUUCAUUGUUCCAUGAAUUAUAGACCAAAAGAUUUACCCCUCAGUUGCUAAUAUGUUUGUAACUGGAUAUCCAAAGGGCUUUGCCUUUUUUGCCUACCUAGCCAUAAUUUUGGGGAAAAUUAAUUGUUCCUAGAAUUAUUUAAAAUUAUUGUUUGAAAUUUUUAAUUAGUCCUUUUCCCAAUUAAGGUGAAAUAUUUGAAAAAAAGUUUACUGGAUUUGAAAUUAGAGGUCUAUUGACUUUCUUGACAUGCCUUUAUAAAACUUGCAGAGCAGGAAGAAAUUCCACAUAUUUGUAUGGUUUUAAGCUUUUGAAAUGGCUUUGCUGGUUUAUUUCAUUAUUCACAUUUUACAGUUGACAAUUGCAUGACAUGAAACUGCUUUGCUUACACAACUAUUCUCUUAUCAGCUCAAAUGUUGCAUCAAAUUGCUAGAAAAAAUGUAACUGGAACUUAAUUUUAACUUUAAGAUAGAUUGUUACAAUAGCUUUUUACACCCUGUUAUGAAAUGCUUCAUUUGCCUGAUUUUCUUUUAAAGUUGAUCAUUGAAUCAAGCAACUUUUUGAAAGGAUUGUUCAUUUCGACUUAAUGCUUUUUUCAAAAAUUACUUGAAAGGAAGUCAAAGAAAGUCGAGAGUAAUUUAAAAGUAUCUGAAUCAGUGAUGGUGAUUUGUUGAGUUUGCAAAGAUGUAAGUGCAGAAAUCUGCACAUAAAGGUUUGAUGAAAAAUAAAUGCUGAUUUGAUAAUUUA